AAAAGAAAGCAAAGGAUCGGAGUCAAGCAAUGGUGGAUUCUAGUGGAAGUUGGAGAGAUGCGUAUAAAGGAAUGUCGUCUGAUAAUGUAAAGGGUUUAGUGUUGGCUCUAUCUUCAAGCUUAUUCAUUGGUGCUAGCUUCAUUGUGAAGAAGAAAGGAUUGAAGAAAGCUGGUGCUUCUGGUCUCAGGGCAGGGUCUGGAGGUUAUUCUUACUUGCUUGAGCCUCUUUGGUGGAUAGGCAUGAUAACAAUGAUUGUGGGGGAAAUUGCAAACUUUGCUGCGUAUGCGUUUGCACCUGCCAUUCUAGUUACUCCUCUUGGCGCGCUUAGCAUUAUUAUCAGUGCUUCUCUUGCACAUAUCAUCUUACAAGAAAAGUUGCACACUUUCGGGAUCCUUGGUUGUGCUUUAUGUAUCGUUGGUUCGGUAACAAUCGUGUUACAUGCUCCACAAGAACAAGAUAUUGAUUCCGUUUUAGAAGUAUGGAAUCUUGCAACAGAACCUGCUUUUCUCUUCUAUGCUGCGGCUGUGGUAGGAGCAGCUGUUGUACUUAUAGUUCAAUUUAUACCGCUUUACGGGCAAUCCCAUGUCAUGGUAUAUAUUGGUGUUUGCUCUCUUAUAGGAUCAUUAUCGGUUAUGAGCGUCAAGGCGCUUGGAAUAGCGUUGAAACUCACUUUUUCUGGAACGAAUCAAUUAAGAUACCCGCAAACAUGGGUCUUCACUGUGAUAGUUCUUAUGUGCGUGAUAACACAAAUGAACUAUCUAAACAAGGCGCUAGAUACGUUCAACACGGCAGUAGUUUCCCCCAUAUAUUACGUUAUGUUCACGUCAUUGACGAUCUUGGCUAGUGUCAUCAUGUUUAAGGAUUGGGAUCGGCAGAACGGAACACAGAUCUUUACAGAGCUGUGUGGGUUCGUCACAAUCCUAUCUGGAACUUUUCUUCUUCACACAACAACGGACAUGGUUGAUAGCGAGUCUAAAGGAAAUUUAUCAUCAGACGAUAAUCAUCUGCUUCUGCGAAUUCCAAAACAUUCAGAAGACAGUAACGGGUUUGUGCAGGACGGCAUCAUUCUCAGUCUAAGACGCCAAGAGUCUGCAAAGUCACCCCGGCCUGCUCGUCAAACCAAGCAACUAGAAGAUGAUCUUGAAGCUGUGCCACUCCGAAGACAAGAGAGUUCAUUACGUUCAUAAGAUUGUUGCGCCACAUAUACAUGUAUAUAUAUAAUCUAUCCCUCAAGGUCUUCAGCGCCUAAGAGCAUUGCGUUUGGUAUCAUCGGCUGAAGAGAGAUGGCAUUCUUAUAAGUAGCUGAGCCAUUUUUCACAAUAUCUUUUCUUAUACUGAAAAGUUGGGUUCUUCGGAAAUGUCAUGUGUCACUUGUUUGGAGAAACUGUUUAUAUACACGUAUAUGUGAUUGAACCCUAAUUAAUCAGAAUCGAACUA